GACUACAACAACUAUGAAAAGUUCUACAUCAUUAUCAUCAUCUAAGAAACAACCAGCAAGACAACAACAACUACUCGAUGACAAUAAAAAAUGGGGUGAUGGUGUUGGACGAAUGACAACGUCAAUGGUGGAUAAAUUAUCGACUAGCUAUGGAAUUGCGAUUCGGCAAGCGAGUUCAUUGUCUUAUGUUUUGGGCAAACCAGUGAAUGAAGCAUUAGAUAUUAUGCAACAAUAUGGCAAAGCAGCUUUUUAUCGUUACAUCAAAACGAAUGACUAUGACGAAGACAAACAACACAAGUUUUGCCCUAAAAAUAGUGAUACUUGGUGCUCAUAUCAACAAGUAUCGUUCAUCUUCGAUUCACUGACCCUUGACUGA